GCGGGAGCUGCCCCUACCCCGCCCGAGCUGUUGAAGCCAAGAGUGUUCUUAGGUGACGCAGGGGCAGCAUCGUCGCUCGAUUGAGCGGGCUUGGGAAAGGUUCCCAGAGGGCUGUGCGUUGGAGGCGCUGGACGCUGUCAUGGCGGGCUUGCUGAAGAAGACAACUGGCCUGGUGGGGUUGGCGGUGUGCGACACUCCACACGAGCGGCUCACAAUAUUGUAUACAAAGACUCUUGAUAUUCUGAAGCACUUUCCUAAACAUGCAGCCUAUAGAAAAUACACAGAACAGAUCACCAACGAGAAGCUGGAUAUGGUCAAGGCGGAACCAGAUGUUAAAAAGUUAGAAGCCUUGCUUCAGGGUGGUGAAGUAGAAGAGGUGAUUCUUCAGGCUGAAAAAGAACUAAGUCUGGCAAGGAAAAUGUUGCAAUGGAAGCCAUGGGAGCCAUUGGUGGAAGAGCCGCCUGCUAACCAGUGGAAGUGGCCAAUAUGACCUCAGUGUCGGAUGAUGGAUGGGAAUUAAAUGUGCAAUUAAAUACUCUGUGAUGCUAAAA